AUGCCUUCCGUCCGCUCUGCACCCCUUGUCAAUUCCUUACGUGUCCAACAGUUAAACAACAAAGUAAUCACUUGCUCCGAAUGCAGAAAGACCUUCACCCGAUCCAGUGAUCUGAGGCGUCACGUCAAGCUUCACGACGAGACCUCCGCGGGGCUCUUCUGUAGUUACCCCAAUUGCACCUUUGCUACUCGCCAGAGGAGUAAUAUGAGGACCCACCUUGCCACCCACAUGGGAGAGAAGAGGCAUACCUGCAAUCUAAAUGGCUGUACCUUCCGCUGCGCAGACUCCGCUUCGCUCAUCCGCCAUCGAAAGAAAGUACACGGCUGCAUCCGUCAGCCGCGCGUGUGCGUGUCCGACAACGAGAACGAGAACAACAAGCCCAACGCCAACGCGAAGUCCAGGUCCAAGCUCUUGAAGUCCAGGGCUGAAGCUAUGAUGGCCAGAUUGAAGGCUAAUAAGCGCGCGCCUAUUUCCAAACCUGCUCCAUCCGUUACCGACGCUUCUGAUGCCCUUCCCGAAGACUGGUUCGACGCUGAAUUCCGAGAAUUCCUCGAAUCUAUCACUGCUACUCCUCCCGCCUUUGCUUCUAUCCAGUUGCCCACUAUCAAGCCGGAUGAGCCUGCCUCUGGACAACCUGGAUUCUUGGACCUUACUCCAAUCCCCGAGACCCUCAUGUGGGACGAUGUUUUCCAGCAACCGGCCUUGUAUUCUCUUGGCCAGCAGCCCUGGGACUUGGUCCAGUCCUUCCCCUGUUUCCCCGCUACUCCCUAG